AUGCCUCAUUUAAGACUACUGAGUCUCAUGAGACAAUACUAACCAAGUGCUUUACUUUGGUGCUAUAUGAAUGGCUUCUUUCUUCUUUGCAAUAACAAUAAGCAGCAGUGCCUUAAUGGCUUCUCUGUUACUCCUGUUGGCAUUAUUCGCAGUAAAUCUUCGCAUUACUGGCGCUCAAAUUGGUGUAUGUUACGGGAUGAUGGGCAACAACCUACCAUCAGCACAAGAAGUGAUAGAGCUUUGCAAAGCAAACAACAUUGUGAGAAUGAGGCUCUACGAUCCAAACCAAGCAGCUCUUGAAGCACUUAGAAACAGCGGCAUUGAGCUCAUGUUGGACGUUCCAAAUUCCGACCUUCAAAGCCUCGCCAACCCAAACAACGCUGGCCAAUGGGUUCAAACAAACGUCCUCAACUUCUAUCCAGCUGUCAACAUCAAAUACAUCGCCGUCGGCAACGAAGUCAAACCCGUCGGCGACUCCACUUCAUGGAUGGCUCAGUACGUUCUCCCAGCAAUCCAAAACGUGUAUCAAGCCAUAAGAGCUAAAGGCCUUCAAGAUCAAAUCAAGGUUUCAACCGCCAUCGACAUGACCCUUAUAGGAACCUCUUAUCCCCCAUCAAAGGGUUCAUUUCGAAGCGAUGUAAGGUCCUACUUGGACCCCAUAAUCGGCUACUUAGUCUAUGCAAAUUCGCCACUUUUCGCAAAUGUGUACCCUUAUUUUAGCUACGUUGGAGACCCCAAUGAUAUAUCACUGCCUUACGCUUUGUUUACUGCACCGAAUGUUGUUGUCUGGGAUGGAUCAAGAGGGUACCAAAACCUGUUUGAUGCAGUUUUGGACUCCGUCCAUGCAGCUCUUGAUAACACCGGGAUUGGAUACGUGAAAGUGGUUGUGUCUGAGAGUGGAUGGCCUUCGGAUGGUGGAUUUGCGGCAACAUAUGACAAUGCAAGAGUUUAUUUGGGAAAUUUGAUUCAACAUGUGAAGGGUGGUACCCCAAUGAGGCCUAAUGUGGCUAUAGAGACUUACCUGUUUGGGAUGUUUGAUGAGAACCAAAAGAGCCCUGAAGUGGAGAAACAUUUCGGUGUCUUCUAUCCAAACAAGCAAAAGAAGUAUCCAUUUAAUUUUGGAUUUAGUGCAGCAAGACACUGGGAGGAUGACAUUGUUACUAUUAAGAAUGCUUCUGUUCCUUUAAGGAGCGACGCCUAACUAAGAUUGCUCCAUGUAUGUGAAAUAAAUGAGGAGGGUUAGGGCAACAAGGUUUUGUGAGUUAUAGUUAUUAAUUAGUUAUUAUUUAGUGUUUUUUAAGGUAGCAGUU